GUAUACAAGAAAUCUUGUGGACAGUGGAAAUGGAAAGUUCAACUUGAUGAUCUUGUGCUGGGGUGAAGGGCACGGCAGCAGCAUCCAUGAUCACACUGACUCACACUGCUUUAUGAAGAUCCUCCAGGGAAAUCUAAAGGAGACUCUGUUUGAAUGGCCUGGGAAAAAAGGGAAUGGUGAAAUGACUAAGAAAUCAGAACGAGUUUUGAGGGAAAAUCAAUGUGCCUACAUUAAUGAUUCCAUUGGCCUGCACCGUGUGGAGAACAUAAGCCACACAGAGACUGCUGUUAGCCUGCAUUUGUACAGCCCACCCUUUGACACUUGUAACACCUUUGAUCAGAGGACUGGACACAAGCACAAAGUCACGAUGACCUUCUACAGCCAGUAUGGGGAAAGGACUUCCUGCGCGACAGCAGUGCCACAGGAGAACAACUGAGAAGCACCAGCAUGCAUUUACAUAAGACCUGCUGAAUGUUUAACCAUGGGGAGAAGACUUGCAUGGCUAAUGUUGACAGCCAUGUUUUGAUACCUUGCACAUAGGUGUACACUAGGGCAGCUUCCAGGCCACCCAGAGUUUCCUUGAGUGAAUGCCAAUUAUGGGACACUAAGCUAACUAGUGCCAUAAACUACUUCAGAAGUUAAAUGCCUUUUCUUAGGCUUCUGUCAGAAUUAAGUAGUUUGUGUUCUAAUUCUAGCCU